AUGUCCACAAAAGCUGCCACCAAGAAAAUUGUCGUUGCUGGAGGCAAUGGCUUCCUCGGAAGUCGCAUUUGCAAAGCAGCAGCAGCACGAGGCUGGCAAGUCACGUCCAUCUCCCGCUCCGGCGAGCCUACCUGGUCUGCCGUGACCUCAUCCCCCGUCGCACCCACCUGGUCAUCCGAUGUAAACUGGGUCAGCGCAAACAUCCUCCAACCCUCGACCUACAAGCAACACCUCGAAAAUGCAGACAGCGUGGUACACAGCAUGGGUAUCUUGCUAGAAGCAGAUUACAAGGGCGUCUUGACCGGCAAAGAGCCCAUCAUUGGUGGUUUACAAAAGGCCUUUGCGAGCACAAAGCAGGGCACCCAGAACCCGUUGGAGAGGAAAGAGAGCGCUGAUGUCGAGCCCCAGCAUGAGGACGGUCAAAUCACAUACGAGGUCAUGAACAGAGACUCCGCCAUCUUGCUGGCCAAGGAGGCGGCCGCUGCUGGUGCUUCGUCCAUGGCCUACAUUUCUGCUGCUGGUGGUGCUCCCAUCUUGCCUGGAAGAUACAUCAAGACGAAGCGCGAAGCCGAGGAGUCGAUCACGACAAAUUUCCCGUCUCUGAGAAGCGUCUUUAUUCGUCCUGGUUUCCUGUACGACUCUUCAAGGACUUUCACCAUCCCCAUGGCUGGUUUGACCUUUAUGGGAGCCAUGGCCAACUCGCUGGUCGGUGGUCGCUUGAAUUGGCUGAUGGGUGCUGGGGGUGUUGAGCCCUUGAAGGCGGAUCUGGUCGCCGAGGCUGUCGUCGAGGCUCUGGCUGACGAGCAGUUGAAGGGUCCUGUCGAGAUCAAGACCAUCAAGGAGCUCGCUACUCGCGCAUGGAGAAGAGGCAUGCUUUAG